UACUCUUUAUUACUCUUUAGUAGAGAUGAGGAAAGACCAAACUCUCCUGAACCCAGCUGUGUGUCCUUUAAGAGUGACCAGUCCAUGCCACUUUUUGUCAACUUUCAAGAUGGAACAGCUACUCCAUACAGACAAAAUUCCUUCCGAGCUAGACCGCAUACACCUAGCAGUUACAAAACAAGAAGGAUAUCCUCAAAGGGAAGAAAUCUUUGUGAGCCUGUGGCUGCUGUAAAGACCUCCAAAUUAGAUAAGAAGACUACAGACUUUCUCUACAACAUCUUUAAUGAUCUUGAAAAUAAAAUGAUUGUAUUUAUAAAACAUGAGCUGGACAUGUUUAAGAAAUUCCUGAGAAAAGAAAACACAAGUUAUUAUGGAGAUGUGAGAGAAGAUAUGUGGAGUAUUAAAGAAACAGCUCUUGAUAUGGCAUUGUACUUUCUAAACCUGAUGGAACAAAAGGAUCUUGCCGAUGCACUCCUAGAUGCACUAAUAGGAUUUCAGCAGAGUGCUCUCAGAUCAAAUCUGUGUAAGAAGUUUCAUCGUGUAUGUGAAGGAAUUGCAAAGCAGGGAGAGUCCAACACUCUGAACAAGAUCUAUACAGAUCUGUACAUGACUACUGCUGGAAGUGGACAAAUGAAUAAACAAAAUGAGGUGACACAAAUUGAAAAAGCUGAAAAAAGUCAAAUGGAGCAAGAGAAAAAAAUCGAAUGCAACAGCAUGUUUGAACCAUUACCUGAAGAAGACAAACCCAGGACUGUGGUGACACAGGGGGUCGCUGGCAUCGGAAAAUCCAUCUGUGUGCAGAAGUUUAUUCUAGACUGGGCUGAAGAGAAAGAACAUCAGGACAUCAAGUUCAUAUUUCCACUGCCUUUCAGAGAACUGAACCUGGAGAAGAAAGUGCACAGUUUAAAGGACAUCAUCUACAAUUUUUUCCCAAAAGUAAAAGGACUGAGAUUCACAGAUAGGUAUAAAGUCUUGUUUAUCUUUGAUGGCCUGGAUGAGUGUCGACUUCCUCUAAAAUUCCAUGAAAAUGAGAAGGUGACUGAUGCAUCAAUGCCAGCCCCCCUGGACACUAUACUGACAAACCUCAUUGCAGGAAAUCUGCUUCCAUCUGCUCUCAUCUGGAUUACCACUCGACCAGCAGCAGCUGCUAAGAUCCCUGCUGAACAUGUGCACCGGGUCACAGAGGUGCGUGGCUUCAAUGAUGUACAAAAGGUGGAGUACUUCAAGAAGAAAAUCAUGGAUGAGACUCUGGCCAACAAAAUCAUUGAUCAUCUUAAAAAAUCAAGAAGUCUCUUCAUCAUGUGUCAUAUUCCAGUCUUCUGUUGGAUUUCAGCUACUGUAUUGGAGGGGAUUUUGAGAGACUCAGAGAGUGAAGACAUUCCACAGACUCUGACGGAGAUGUACACAUAUUUCCUGAUCUUUCAGACCAUACAGGGGGACAAGAAAUUCAAUAGACAGAAUGCUUCAGACAUUCCAUGGGAUCCAAAGGAAAUUCUUUCACUGGCAAAACUUGCCUUUAGUCACCUGGAAAAAAACAACCUGAUUUUCUAUGCAGAAGAUCUAGAAUCCUGUGGACUUGACCCUAAUAACAUAACAGUGUACUCAGGAUUGUGCACUCAGGAGACCAGCAGAUUUCUAGGCACAGUUUUCAGCUUUGUGCAUCUCAGCAUUCAGGAGUUCAUUGCUGCUUUACAUGCAUACGUAUCUCUCAGAAAUGAAAACAAGAAUGUUUUUGAAAUAUCAGAGGAGAGCAAAGAAACAAAAGUGAUUGAUGUGCUGAAGAUUACAGUGGACAAGGCUUUGGAGAGUGAAAACGGACACUUGGAUCUUUUCCUUCGCUUCCUUCUGGGCCUGUCACUGGAGUCUAAUCAGAAGCUCAUUCGAGGUCUACUGACACACACAGGAAGCAGCUCUGACUGCCAAAAGGACAUAGUUCAGUACAUCAAGUCCAAACUUGAAGAAAAUCCAUCUCCUGAGAGAGCAAUCAAUCUGUUCUACUGUCUGAAUGAGUUAAAUGAUGAUUCACUAGUGAAAGAGAUCCAAAACUCCAUGAGCUCAGGACGUCUCUCUCAAUCUGAGCUCACACCUGCUCAGUGGCAUGCUCUGGUCUUUGUGCUGCUGACAUCAAAGAAGAAUCUGGAAGUGUUUGAGCUACAGAAGUUUAUAAAGUCAGAUGAAUGCUUUAAGAGACUCCAGCCAGUCGUCCAGGAAGCAACAACAGCUCUGCUCAGUGAGUGUAACCUGACAGAGAGAAGCUGCUCGACUUUACACACAGUUCUCAGCUCAGAAUCCUCCAAGCUGACUGAGGUGGAUCUGAGCAGGAAUCCGCUGAAGGACUCAGCAGUGACGCUGCUUUGUGCUGGACUGAAGAGUCCAAACUGUAAACUGGAGAAACUCAGACUUUCAGACUGCAGUAUAACAGAGGAAGGAUACACUGCUCUGGCUGAAGCUCUGAAAUCAUCACACCUGANAAUGGAGAUCGCAGGUUUGAACACCACUGAUGCCAAAACCGUCUGUGACCAGAUCCUGGAGAGAGAGAAACUGGCCUGUGCUCUCAGAAUUUUAAGUCCUGAAGCAGAAAAGGCCUGUGAGUUUCUGACUGAGGUUCUGGGUGAAAACCCCUUACUGCAGAAUGAUCUGGAUCUGAGUGGGAAAAUAUCUGGAGACUCAGGAGUGAAGCAGCUCUCUGUUCUACUGAAGGACCAGCAGUGCAGGACUGAGAAACUCAGGCUGAGUAAGAGCGGUAUUACAGAGAGAGGCUGUACUGAUCUGGUAUCAGCUCUUAUUUCGAACCCUUCACACCUGACAGAGCUGGACCUGACAUCAGGAGUGAAGCUGCUCACUGAUUUACUGCAGGGUCCAGACUGUAGUCUAAAAACACUCAAACUGGUGAAAAGUCCUGAAGCAGAGAAAGCUUGUGAUAAUCUGAGUAAAGUUCUGGGUACAAACCCCUUACUGCAGACGGAUCUGGAUCUGAGCAGGAAAAUAGACGGAGACUCAGGAGUGAAGCAGCUCUCUGCUCUACUGAAGGAUCCACACUGCAGACCUGAGAAACUCACACUUUCAGACUGCAGUAUAACAGAGGAAGGAUACGCUGCUCUGGCUGAAGCUCUGACAUCAUCACACCUGAUAGAGCUGGAUCUCAGAGGGAACGACCCUGGAGCAUCAGGAGUGAAGCGGCUCACUGAUUUACAAAAGAAUCGACAUCACAAAACAGUGACACUGAGGUUGUUACAGAGUCCAGAUGCAGAGGAAGCCUGCAAUUGUCUUACAGGAAAAGGGUUUUUUUCCAGUAAAACCCCCUUACUGAACACGGAGCUGGAUCUGAGCAAUAAAAUACCUAAAGACAAAGUCAAAGUGAAUCAGCUCUCGGCUCUGCUGCAGGAUCCACAUUACAGACUGAAGAAACUCACGUUGUAUAAAGAAGACGGUAUUAAAGAUGCUGAGUUUGUCAAUCUGAUUUCUGCUCUGGAUUUAAAUCCUUCUCACCUGAGAGAGUUGAAUCUAAACAGGAAUAAACCAGGAAAGUUGGGACUGAGAAAUCUCUGUGAAUUCCUGAAGAAUCCUAAAUGUAAACUACAGAAACUAAAUCUACGGAACAGUGUAAGUGAAUCCUGGGCUGAUUUGGCUUCAGCUCUCUGUACAAACCCUUCACACAUCAGAGAUCUGGAUCUGAGUGAGUGUAAACUAGGAGACUCAGGAGUGGAGAAGCUCUGUGAUCUACUGAAGAAACACGAGUGUAAACUGGAGACACUGCGGUUAAUAAAGUGUGGAAUAACAGAUAAAGGCGGUGCUGCUCUGACUGAAGCUCUGAGCUCAAACUACUCACAUCUGAAAGAGCUGGAUCUGAGAAAGAAUAAACUAACAGAUUCAGUCACACAGAAGCUCUCUGAGAUACUGAAGCAUUCAGGAGGAAAGCUAAAGUUGUUGAAAAGUCCUGCUGCAGAAAAAGCCUUAGAUUUCCUUGGUAGCAUCCUGAAAAAGAACCCCUUACUGCAGAGAGAACUGGAUCUGAGUGGGAAAAUAAAGGGAGACUCAGAGGUGAAGCAGCUCUCUGCUCUACUGGAGGAUUCACACUGCAGACCCGAGAUACUCAGGAUAAAUAAGUGCUGCAUGGGAAGUGAAGGUUGUUCUGCUCUGGCAUCAGCUCUGAGUUCCAACCCCUCACACCUGAGAGAGCUGGAGCUGAGUGGGAAUACACUGGGAUCAUCAGGAAUGAAGGAGCUCUGUGCUCUGCUGAACAAUAAACAAUUCAAACUGCUGAAACUGGGGUUGUGUAAGUGUGGUCUAACUGUGGCAGAUUGUGCUGCUGUUGUAUCAGCUCUGAGAACAAACCCCUCAUACCUCAAGGAUCUGGACCUGAGUGACAAUACAGUUGGAAACACAGGAGUGAAGGAGCUCUCUGCUCUACUGCACAACUCCAGCUGCAUUCUGGAACAACUCAAACUAAGCAGAUGUAGUCUCACAGAAACACAGUGUGGUGAUCUGGCUGAAGCUCUGAAAUCAAACUCAUCACAUCUGAAAGAGCUGGAUCUGAGAGAGAAUAAACUAACAGAUUCAGUCACACAGAAGCUCUCUAAGAUACUGAAGCAAUCAGGAGGAACGCUAAAAUAUGACGAGCCAUCAAUUGCAACAAAAGGGGAGCACAAGANAGAGCUGGACCUGAGCUCCAACAGUCUGCAGGAUUCAGGAGUCACUCAGCUUUGUGCUGGACUGAAGAAUCCACAGUCUCCACUCAGAAUAAUGAGACUGUGUAAGUGCAGUGUAGCAGCUGAAGGCUGUGCUGCUUUGGCUACAGCUCUGUUAGAAAAUCCCUCACAUCUCGUAGAGCUGGAUCUGAGCGGGAAUCAAGUAGGAGACUCGGGAAUAAAGCACAUCUCUGAUCUACUACAGAACUCACACUGCCUCCUAGAAAAACUCAAUGUGAAUGAUAAUAAUAUCACAGGGGAAGGAUACGCUGCCCUCGCUACAGCAGUGAAUUCAAACCCCUCAUCACACCUGAUAGAGCUGGACCUCAGAGGGAACGACCCUGGAGCAUCAGGAGUGAAGCUGCUCACUGAUUUACAAAAUAAUCAGGAUUACAAACUGGAGAAACUGAGGUUGUUGAAAAGUCCUGCUGCAGAAAAAGCCUUUGAUUUCCUUGGUAGAAUCCUGACAAAGAACCCCUUACUGCAGAGAGAACUGGAUCUGAGUGGGAAAAUAAAGGGAGACUCAGAGGUGAAGCAGCUCUCUGCUCUACUGGAGGAUUCACACUGCAGACCCGAGAUACUCAGGAUAAAUAAGUGCUGCAUGGGAAGUGAAGGUUGUUCUGCUCUGGCAUCAGCUCUGAGUUCCAACCCCUCACACCUGAGAGAGCUGGAGCUGAGUGGGAAUACACUGGGAUCAUCAGGAAUGAAGGAUCUCUGUGCUCUGCUGAACAAUCAACAAGUCAAACUGCUGAAACUGGGGUUGUGUAAGUGUGGUCUAACUGAGGCAGAUUGUGCUGCUGUUGUAUCAGCUCUGAGAGCAAACCCCUCACACCUCAAGGAUCUGGACCUGAGUGACAAUACAGUUGGAAACACAGGAGUGAAGGAGCUCUCUGAUCUACUGCACAACUCCAACUGCAUUCUGGAACAACUCAAGUACAUUAUUUUCAGUCUAUGUUCACAGAAAGCGGAGCCGCCGCGAACACUUCGCCCAGGCUCCGGGCGACGCGUUCGCCUCUCCGCCGCACGGCGUAGUAGUUUGCGCGCCCGCUCGAGCGGGUACUGCUGUCCGGGUGGGCGCUCCUCCGUGAGGAGGUCCGCCCCCCGGGUGGCCAGCUCCAGGGCUACAGGAUCCUCCAGUACUUCGGGUUGGGAGCGCCAAAACACAAAGUCUUGCAGGAGACCGAGCCGGUGGUGCUCGGUCUCCCGCGUUGUGUUGUUUGGGAGAUCCGGCAUUCUGUCACGUUCGGAGACGGCGAGCCGGGAAGCAGACGAGAACAGCCAGGAAGUCGGAAUUUUAAGUCCUGAAGCAGAAAUGGCCUGUGAGUUUCUGACUAAACGUCUGGGUAAAAACCCCUUACUGCAGACAGAACUGGAUCUGAGUGGGAAAAUAUCUGGAGACUCAGGAGUGAAGCAGCUCUCUAUUCUACUGAAGGACCAGCAGUGCAGGACUGAGAUACUCAGGUUUGAUCUGACUUCCUCACCAGAGGCCUCCUUCUCCAUCUCGGCCAAUUUCUGUAAUAGUCUUGAUAAUUGUAUAGAUGAAUUCUGGGUAGAUUUGGGCGUGCCUCAGAAUCGUAGUGUGAGCAGUAUCGGAGCGAAAUUGGAGCGAGACAGACAUGUGAGGGAGACUCUGAUUUUCAUGAAAGAUUGCUAUAAAGGUAAAGAAAUACUUUCAGACUGUGAUAUUAAACAGGAAGGAUACACAGCUCUGGUUAAAGCUCUGAACUCAAACCCAUCACAUCUGAUAGAGCUGGACCUCAGAGGGAACGACCCUGGAGCUUCAGGAGUGAAGCUGCUCAGGAGUUUAAUGAAUGAUCCAGAAUGUAAAGUGAAGACUCUGAGGUUGUUGAAAAGUCCUGAUGCACAGAAAGCUUGUGAUGAUCUGAGUAAAGUUCUGGGUACAAACCCGAUACUGCAGACGGAUCUGAAUCUGAGCAGGAAAAUAGACGGAGACUCAGGAGUAGAGCAACUCUCUGCUUUACUGAAGGAUCCACACUGCAGACCUGAAACACUCCAGCUCAGUGAGUGUAAUCUGACAGAGAAAGGAUGUUCAGCUCUGCUCACAGCUCUCAGAUCAGAAUCCUCCACCCUGAGGGAGCUGAAUCUGAGUAUGAACAGGAUUCAGGAUUCAGGAGUGAAGCUGCUUUCUGCAGAACUGAAGAAUAAACACUGUACACUGGAGACUCUCAGACUUUCAGACUGUGAUAUUAAACAGGAAGGAUACACAGCUCUGGUUAAAGCUCUGAACUCAAACCCCUCAUCACACCUGAUAGAGCUGGACCUCAGAGGGAACGACCCUGGAGCAUCAGGAAUGAAGCAGCUCAGGAGUUUAAUGAAUGAUCCAGAAUGUGAAGACACUGAGGUGAGCGCUCUCCCCAGUAUACAUAAAAUACAUGGAACUGCUGCAUUGCACAAACUGUGUUUGUGUUACACUGAAUCGCAUGAACUACAUUAUUGUCCCUUUGUCUGCAGGUUAGAGCAGUGUGGAAUAACAGAUAAAGGCGGUGCUGCUCUGACUGCAGCUCUGAGCUCAAACUCCUCUCAUCUGAAAGAGCUGAAUCUGAGGGAGAAUAAACUAAAAGGAUGGUUCAUGUUUUAUUUAAUUUACUAAUAAUUUAAUAAAAGGUUCAUGUUUUAUUUAAUUCAUGUUUUUCUGUAUGUAAGACCAUUAUCAUCAGAUGAAGGUCUGAAUAAUGUUUGUUUAAUAAAAUAAAUAGCGAGAGCUGGAUUGUGCAAAUGCACUUUAACGGCAGUAAUAUUAUGAUUUACCGAUUGAUCUGUUAUUAAUUGUGGAUAAUUGAUCAUCUUGAGAAACAUCUGUCAUUUUGAAGUGAAAUAAUGUUGAACUGAACUGAAAGAGAUUGUAAUGUUGUA